AUGUGUCAUAAACCUCAUAAUUCUUUAUUACAUUUAGAACAGAGUCUGCAAACUAAAGCAAAUAACCCGCAAUCUCCCGGGCCGUCUACUGCGGUAUUACCUGCAUCACAAGUUUUGAAUGCUAAUUUAAAUAACACGUGCGCUUUAUUACCGACUAUUUGCUUAUUUGUCAAACACAUUUCGGGGGAAAAAAUUCGUGUACGGUGCAUUCUAGAUACGGGUUCAGAAAUAAAUAUUAUUACCCAAAAGUUAGUUAAUUCUCUAGGUAUAAAUACCGCACCAAGUUCCGUACAGCUGACUGGAGUUAAUGGCAUCAAUAUAAAUGGCGAUUCAAUUGCACGGGUAUCGAUUUCAAACGAGUCUUCUAGCUUUUCAAAACAGUUAUCGUUCGUCAUAUUAGAUAAAAUUACAAACCAAGUACCUUCGAAUUACAUAAAUCCGUCCCAGCUAAAUUUACCUGUAGAUGUUACUCUCUCGGACCCGCAGUUUUAUAUACCUGGCGAUAUCGAUAUGUUAAUCGGGGUCGGUUCAUUCUUUGAAAUCUUAAGGGGCGAAAGCAUAUCGUUAGGACAUAAUUUGCCGGUUUUACAAAAUUCAGUGUUUGGGUGGUUUGUUUGCGGAUUAGCCUACCCGAACAAUAAAAACUUGUCAAAAUAUAAAAGAACGUUUAUUGUAAAUAAUCUUACAUUAAAUAAAGCAGUUUCGAGAUUUUGGGAGAUAGAAGAGAUUGAUCACGAGGAAAUUCCAAACUUAGACGAUAGGUUAUGCGAAGAGAAUUUUGUAAAUAACGUAACUAGAAAUAUAAAUGGUCGAUACACCGUAGCAUUACCAUUAAAACCAAAUGCUUCAACAGCUAUAGGCAAAUCAUUGCAACAAGCAAAGCGUAGAUUUUUACAUUUAGAAUCUCGCCUAAACAAAAAUGAGAAUUUGAAACGACAAUAUUGCGAUUUUAUUAAUGAAUAUAUUAAAUUAGGGCAUGCUUAUGAAGUUCCUAAUUUCGAACAAAAUAUCUCACAAAAUUCAUUUGCAUAUUACCUGCCCCACCACGCGGUUUUUAAAAAUGGGUGUGACAAAAUCCGAGUUGUCUUUGACGCGUCUGCGAAAACAUCAACAGGCAUUUCUCUGAAUGACGUUCUUUAUACAGGACAAAAAUUACAACAGGAUAUUUUUACUAUCUUACUGCGCUUUAGAUCGUAUAAUUAUGUAAUGACCGCGGAUAUUGUAAAAAUGUUUCGACAAAUUCGCGUCAAGGAAGAACAUCAAGAUUUGCAACGAAUUUUAUGGCGUGAAAAUGUUCAUGAUAAAAUUAAAUGUUUUAAUUUAUCUACAGUUACUUAUGGAACUGCUUGUGCGCCAUAUUUGGCUAUUCGUUGUCUGAACCAACUCGUAUUAGAUGAGGGAGAGAGCUUUCCUUUAGCUUCACGCGCUGUCCAACACGAUUGCUACGUCGAUGACAUUAUUUCGGGUGCAAAUUCAUUAGAAGAGGCAAUAAAGUUAAAGGAGGAACUAAUACAACUUUUAAUCGUGGCAAUUUUCAAUUGCAUAAAUGGGCUGCUAAUAACAGUAGCAUUAUUGAUUCCGUUCCCUUACAAAAUCGCGAACGAAUGCGUCAAUUUAACCGAUAAUAAAAAUAAUUAA